AUGGAAAACAGUACAAGUAAAAAGCGGCAAAGAAGUGAAAAUUGGCGGGAGGAAGAUAAGUAUUUAUUGAUGGAUUUGGUAAGGGAGCGUGUAUCAGUGAUUGAAAAUAAAAAUACUGAUACAAAUACGAACUCGAAAAAGCUAGCAAAAUGGGCGGAUUUAUUAUGCAGUUUCAACAGUAUGUGCAAAGGUGGCACUCGGAUCCUCCCACAACUAAAAGCCCAAUGGUGCAUGAUUAAAAUGGCAAAAAAGAAAAUUAAGUCUGUCGAACGUAAAAAUCUUCUUCAGACUAGUGGUGGUCCACCUCCAAAAACAAACCCCGAAAAUGCAGAUGACAUUUGUUCAUUGCUCCCUAACGAAUUUGUCAUUGACACAAAUGAAUUUGAUUCUGAUGAAAUUAAUCAGAUUGGGGAGCCAUUGCAAAAUGAGAUCAAAGUGGAUGAGAUAACUAAACUUGUCAACAUUGAAAACAAGACUUCAGAUAUUGACACAAUGAGUACAGUAAAGGAUGUCACAGUAGACAUACUUCAGGACGUCCAAAAUACACAAGAGGUUGUAUCUAUUGGCUCACCACCAAAACCACUGUUUACACCAUCUAAGAAACCUGUAAGAAAACAUAAAAGUGAGAAAAAGACCUCAGAUCAUGCAGCAAGUAUAGCCAAUACUGAAAUUGAGUGCAGGAAAGAGGUCCAUCAAGCCCAAAUGGCAAAUGAAGAAAGGAAAGCACGAAACUUGGACCUAGAAGAGACAUUAAUAAAAAUAAAAAUUGAAUAUUAUAAAAGAAAACUUCAAGUUCUUGAAAAAUAA